AGACAUGUAUGAUUCAGAAGCAAAUUGCAUCUGACACGUGCUCAACCACCACAUCACAUUCCAAUGUCGAGAAAACCGUGCCAGUCCCUCGCGGCUCCACGAAGCCCGAAAAGCUCCUCCGAGCAACAGUCUUACUUAGUUUUUACAUAUUUAUUUACGGACGUGUUCGCGCCCUUCAUCCAUGCCAUUUGGGGCCAGUGUGCUUGGGAGGCGAGGCGCCGGGAAGGGAAGGGGCGGUGUACACGCGGCGGGCGCGACGGCACCUGCCGCCGCGGCUCCUCCCGCGCCUGCGCUGCGCCCGGAAUUCCUGCGCGGCCGCCGCUCGCCUUAUCGAGGCGCGCUUCCUCCGCGGAGGGCGCGUGCACCCGCGUGAGGCGGCGCCGCCACCGCCAUUGCCACUACCAGCGUCAUCGCCGCCGCCACGGUCGCCGCCGCCGCCGCCACCGCCACCACCACCGCCGGAUGAAUUAAACAUCUGCGGAUGUCCUCAGAGUUCAAGGAGCAGCAGUCGUGGGAGCGAUGAAAUGCUGGCUUUGUGGCGUCGCAUCUUCAGGGUGCAUGGAGGGCGUGGGGUAGAUCUUGUCUCAGUGACGAAUGCGUCACACGGGGGGCGUGCGGACGCUCGACGCACCCGAACGUCCCGUUCUGUGCGCACCUCUCGCAGUCAGUCGGUGCAGCUGCUGGGGCCACAGUGUGUAGCCUCUUCCCGAGAAAUUCCUGCCAGAUUGCUGCUCCGCCCACCUCUGGCUUCGGAUUCGACAUACGCCCGGAAGCUGCAACCGCCGCUCCGCGCCGCGCCGGUGCGGGCAGCGUCGCUGCCACCGCACCGUAGCACUGGCCGCAUCCCGGCACUGGCCGCCUGCCGCGCCGCGACCACAAUCGCCAAAAGAACGGCUCGAGCGCGGGUGGCGACGACGGCGGCGGCGGAGGAGAAGGAGGGGGAGGAGGAGCCGCCGCCCGCGACGACGACGACGACCGCUCGGCGCGCGCUCUCGCGGAGGAAGGCCGCGUCCGCGGCGGCAGGUACGAGCGGCGGCGGCGCGGCGCGGCGGCCAGUGCGUCUGUCGCGGUUGCACCGAGCAGUCGCGGCGCCCGGCUCGCUCCCGGCCGUCCUCACCUCCGCCGCCGCCACCGUCCGCACCUUCGCCUGCGCUGCGUCGCACGUGUCCCCCGCCACGUGCCCCGCCCGGCGCUCCGUGUUUACCAACGCGGGACCACUCGGCCUCGCCGCAUCGCGUGACGCCGGCCACCGCCGCUUGCUGCGGUCCGCCGCGACCGUCUCUGAAGAGACUUGUGACUCAUACUCUGGGGAAUCGGUGUGCGGGUGGCAGUCGAGUGCCGGAUCGGUGCAGUGUCGCGGGUGCGCGCGCGUCUUCGACGACGCGGCUGUGCCAGAGGGAAGGCGUGUUCGACCGGAGGUGAAAUCAACAAAGCUGAAUUUCUACUGUGCUGGACUUAUCAAGACAUAACCGUCAACCGUUCCACUACUGAACUCCGUUCCUGAGUUGGUUUUGUCACGUAAUGCAGGUGUUAUCAUCCAUCAAUCAGCAGAAG